CUGUACUUCUCUAACCCUUCAACGAGCUCAUCAUACUUCGGAAUCUCUUAAUAAUGUUGUACUGUUCUCUUACCCUCAUUCAGUUUUCUUCUCCUCUGUCCUUUUAAUUUCAAUUGGAAACACUUGCACGUUCAGCCUUUCAUGAUGAACUCACACAAGGAACUGUUUUCCCACUUACGCAGCCUCUUCCUACCAUUUCUGCUUCUCUUGGGACAAAUUGGGCUGAAAGUUGAGGCUCGCCUGCUAUGUCAUUCCUCAGAAAAACUGUUCGUUUUCGGAGACUCGUAUGUUGAUACCGGCAACACAAAUAAAGAGUAUCCUGGUUCAUGGAAAGACCCUUACGGCAUGACUUAUCCUGGAAAACCUUCUGGAAGAUUUUCUGACGGUAGAGUUCUAACUGACUACAUCGCUGACUAUUUGGGACUGAAAUCGCCAAUAGCUUACCAAUUGAGGAAUGAGGUGCCAUCUUACUACUUAAAGUAUGGGAUGAACUUUGCUUGUGGUGGCACAGGUCUAUUUGCUGGAAACCCAAAUAUGACAACGCAGAUUGAUUUCUUCGAGCAGCUCAUUGAAGAAAAUGUGUACAAUGCCUCAGAUCUCAAUAAUUCUUUAGCUCUUCUCUCUGCUUUGGGGAAUGACUACUUUGAUUACUUGAAACAUGGCUCUAUUUGGGGUUUCAAAUCUUUCGUUGACUCAUUGGUUAAUCAAAUGACCACCAAUUUGAUUCGCAUCCAAAAGUUAGGAGUGAAGAAAAUUGUGGUGACUAGUCUACCACCCUUUGGUUGCAUUCCUGCAAUAUCAGGCUUCAACCCAUUGAAGCGUUGCUUGAACAUCAUUAACAUCAUCCCAAUAGCCCACAACAAAUUGUUGAAUCAAUCUAUUACCAAGUUGAACCAAGAAACCAUUGACGGAGCAACCUUUGUAUUUCUUGACCUUUAUGACAGUUUUAUGUCAGUGAUUAACGAUCCAUCCACUAAUAACAUCACUGAGUAUUACACAGCUUGUUGUCUCGGGGUAAGUUCGAAAUAUGUAUGUGGGAGCGUGGACGAGAACAACGAGAAGCAAUAUAAGGUUUGUGAAAAUCCAGAAUCAACCAUGUUUUGGGAUCCGAUUCAUCCAACCCAAGCAGGUUGGCAUGCAGUGUAUAACAACUUGCAGAUGGAUGAUCUUGGUCAACUUCAAUGCUAGAGAAUUAAGCAUAUUGUUUGAAAUAAUUAAAAAAUAAAUAGUUGUGUGAGUUAUUAAGUUGAAGUAUUGUAAGUAUGUAUUAUGUCUUUUUAAAUGAAAAAUCUUAAGGACUUUUCCCAGAAA